AUGCUCCUUCGACCUUCAAUUGCGGCGCUCCACACCACUUCGAAUACCAGCACAAUAUGUUUCCGAUGUGCAAAGAGGCUGGCGCGCCUUACCGAGCCCCGGCUACGAUCUUUCUCCAAAGCUGUACGAACGAGACAAAUUGCUGUUGCGAAAGAAGAUGAGGUGGACAGAAGGUUCUUCUGGGCCAAUGCAUUUCAUUCCUCUGACAAGGAGGAUAAUGCGAGGAUUUGGUCGAGGUUUUCUUCGAAUGGCCGGGGAGUGAGGGAGGCACAACACACAUCAGCCACGACAGAACGUCCUAGCUCUUCUUCGAUUGAGGAACCUCCGCACAGACGACGAAAGCGACUGAAAGCAGUCGCAGCUCUCGACCAUGCUACAAACACCCAACUGCCACCCGAUGCGUCUUCCACGCUCUCUCGGGACGCUGCCGCGGCGCCUGCGAAUUCCUGGCGACGCAUAAUCUCGACUUACUUGGCUCUGUCCAAGCCACGACUUGCAUUCCUGAUUGUGCUCACGACGACUGCCUCGUACUCGAUAUACCCAGUGCCGGCCCUCCUCAGCACUUCAGUAACGGAUGCUCCUUCGCUCAGCACUCUCACGCUCCUCUUCCUCACGAGCGGGACCUUCUCCUGCAUAGCUUCUGCCAACGCAUUGAAUAUGCUCUUUGAGACUGAAUUCGACGCGAAGAUGAGCAGGACAAGAAACAGACCAUUGGUGCGCAAACUAUUGAGCAGAAGGGCUGCCGUUCUUUUUGCGAUUGCAACAGGGCUUUUCGGCACAGGAGUCCUGUGGUACGGAGUCAAUCCCACGACCGCACUCUUGGGUGCCGGGAACAUAGCACUGUAUGGAUUUGCAUACACUUUCUCGAAAAGACUGCAUCCCGUCAAUACGUGGGUUGGAGCCAUUGUCGGAGCCAUUCCGCCCCUCAUGGGCUGGUGUGCUGCAGCAAGCCAAUACAGCACAACGGACGCUUCUCUAUCGGACCCGGCAACGAUAGGGCAGGAAUUCAAGGAGUUGCUCUUCACCGAGCAAGCAAUUGGAGGAUGGUUGAUUGCAGCAUUACUCUUCGCUUGGCAGUUUCCUCACUUCUUUGCGCUCUCACACGGUGUGAGGCACGAGUACGCCAACGCUGGGUACAAGAUGCUGACGUCGUCCAACAUCCCAAUGGCGGCGCGGGUUUCACUGCGCUAUAGCUUUGCCAUGUUCCCCAUUUGCGCCGCGCUGAGCUACUACCAAGUAACAGACCCUGCGUUUGUUGCUACAAGCAGCGUGAUCAACGCCUGGAUGCUACGAGAAGCAAUCAAGAUGUGGAGGCUCAACGGUGAGAAGGGCUCAGCCAGAGCAUUAUUCUGGGCGAGUGUUUGGCAGCUUCCCAUAGUGCUGGUACUGGCUAUGAUGCAGAAGAAGGGCCUGUGGGACCGAGUGUGGAGUAGCGUGUUUGGGGAAGCAGUGCUGGAGGAUGAAUGGGAAGAGGAGAUGGAGGAGGAAGGUGUUAGCUAG